AUGUCCUCCCCUCCCCGCCCCACUUCCGCCGACACGGAGUUUGCUCCGUCCAACGAGCCAGUCGUCAACAUUCCAGUCGACGAGAACGAGGACGACUCGGCCUAUGGCGAGGACGAACUCAGCGACACCACCUCCAUCGCCUCCACCAUCUGGCGACACCGCUUUGAAAAUGGCCGCCGCUACCAGAAGUGGAAAGAGGGGGCAUACUGGGGACCCAACGACGACACCCAGAACGACCAGUUGGACAUCGGCCAUCACAUGCUGAGGAUAGUCCUCGGCGACAAGCUCAUGCUCGCGCCCAUUGGCGAUAACCCUCAGAGAGUCCUCGACGUCGGCACCGGCACCGGAAUAUGGGCAAUAGACUUCGCGGAUGAAUAUCCGAGCGCCGAGGUCAUCGGAACGGACCUGUCUCCCAUUCAGCCUUCCCUGCUGCCUCCCAACUGCAAGUUCGAGCUCGACGACGCCACCGAGACGUGGACUUUCCCGGCGAACCACUUCGACUUUGUCCACACGCGCUGCCUGUACGGCAGCAUCGACGACUGGGACAAGUACUACCGGCAGGUGCUCCGGACGCUCAAGCCGGGCGGGUGGUUCCAGCAGCUGGAAAUGUCCAUCCUCACGCGGUGCGACGACGACACGCUGGACAAGUACGAAGACGACGUCCUGAAGGAAUGGGGACCCCUCUUCAUCGACGCGGCCAACUCGCCCAAGUUCGGGCGGACGCUCGACAUCUGGAAGGACAUGAAACAGCGCAUGAUUGACGCCGGAUUUGAGGACGUCCAGCAGGUGGACUACAAGGUGCCAAUCGGACCGUGGAGCAGCGAUCCUAGGCUGAAGGAGAUCGGCAAGUGGCACCUGCUGUAUUGCUUCCAGGGUGCCGAGGGGUGGGCGAUGUACCUCUGCACACAUGUGCUUGGCUGGAAAUACGAGGAGGUGCAGGUGCUGGUGGCGAGGUUCCGAGCCGCAAUCAGGAGUCGCAAAGUACACGCUUACUACACAUACUCUGUUGUCUAUGGACGCAAGCCGGAGAACUGA